GUGCAAAAUGCAUGAACUAACUACCGAUGCUUUCUCCUAUAUAAACCCUAAAAUCUCACACCUCCAAAAUUCAAAUCAAACUCCCAAUCAAUUACUCCCCAAAUCUAAAUUUCAUUUUCAAUUUCACAAUGCCUUCUUCAACCACCGCUAUUCUCUCAAACUCCACUGUAUUUCCCGAUCGUAAAUCCACCAUUAAAAAACUCAAGCUCUCCGUCUCCGACCUUCCUAUGCUCUCUUGUCAUUACAUUCAGAAAGGCGUUCUUCUCCCCUCUCCUCCCUCUUCCUUCCCCGACCUCAUUUUAUCUCUCAAACGCUCUCUCUCCGCUGCUCUUUCUCACUUCCCCGCCCUCGCCGGCCGCCUCACCACCGACCACGACGGCGCUAUUUACCUCCUAUGUAACGACGCCGGCGUCGAUUUCAUCGAAGCUAAGGCAAAACACCUUUCGCUCGACUCUCUUCUUUCUCCUCUUGAUGUUCCGGUUUGCUUCAGGGCAUUUUUCGCCUUCGAUCGGACUUUGAGUUAUUUAGGCCAUAAUAAGCCUUUGGCGGCGGUACAAGUCACCGAGCUAGCCGAUGGCGUCUUCAUUGGAUGUACAGUCAACCACGCCGUCGCCGACGGCACUUCGUUCUGGCAUUUUUUCAAUACGUUUGCAGAGAUCAACUUCGGAGAAGGAAAAAUCUCUAAGUCACCGGAUUUUAGCCGGGACACGCCGUUUAACUCGCCGGCGGUGUUAAAGUUUCCUCCCGGUGGUCCGACGGAGACGUUCGCCGGAAAUUCGCGGCUGCGGGAGAGGAUUUUUCAUUUUAGCAGAGAAGCAAUUUUGCGGCUGAAAUACAGAGCCAAUGGAGGCGAUUUCCAACGGAAACGAAUGAGUAACGGAAAUUGCGAGGCCGUUGAGUAUUUCGGCAAGCAAUUGAAUGACGGUUGGAAAACCGUUAAGGGAAAGCGAAACAGCGACAUUUCGGAUGGGAAAUUGGAAAUUUCGUCUUUCCAAUCUCUCUGUGCGCAGUUAUGGCGUUCGGUGACGAGAGCAAGGAAAUUGAACGCAACCAAAACGACGACGUUCCGAAUGGCCGUGAACUGCCGUCACCGCCUGCAGCCGCCGAUGCCGUCGCUUUAUUUCGGAAACGCAAUACAGAGCAUUCCAAACGUGGCUCUGGUCGGCGAGCUUCUGUCCAAAGACUUAGGCUGGUGCGGCACUUUGAUUCACCGGAAUGUCGUGGCGCACAACGAUGCGACCGUGCGUCGUGGCAUUAGUGAUUGGGAGAAAGAGCCGCGGUUGUUUCCGCUCGGGAACUCUGAUGGUGCGUCGGUGACGAUGGGAAGCUCGCCGAGAUUUCCAAUGUAUAAUAAUGAUUUUGGAUGGGGGAGGCCGGUGGCGGUUCGAAGCGGCAGUGCGAAUAAGUUUGAUGGUAAAAUGUCGGCAUUUCCGGGGAAGGAAGGGAAUGGAAGUGUGGAUUUGGAGGUGGUUUUAUCGCCAGAAACAAUGGCGGCUCUUGAAAGUGACUUAGAGUUCAUGCAAUAUGUAUCGAUUACAGUGUGAGGGUUUCUAUAGUUUUUGUUGUUACCAUGGAAAUAAGAUUUAGGAGGGUUUUCAUAAUAUUUUCACAAUUUUCAUGUAUAAAUAUAAUUAAUAUUUCAAUUUCUUUAAA